UUCUCCUUUGAUAUUAUGCAUGAUAUAAAUUUUCAAGAUUUUGAAAAAUUAAAUCAAGAAACAACAAUGUUGCAAGACAUGAUGCUUCAUCCUCAAGAACAUCAUCAACUUUUUAAUGUACAAGAAGAGAUGCCAAGCCCAUUAAAUAAUCAAAUUUUGAAUUUUUGUGAAUCUGAACUUUUUUCAGAAAUACAAAAUUCAGAUGUUGCUUCUAGCUCAAAUGGUUGUUGUUAUGAUGAACAAUCUUCUUAUAGUACUACUACUACCAAUUUUGAUCUAAACAAGUUCCAAAAAAAUGAUGGGACGAUCACAAAAACAGUUACCAGUACGACUAAUGUUAGUCCUGAUAGCAACAACAACAAUAAUAUCGACAAUAUGUCAAUGAUAUUUGAUACACAGGAUGAAAUUGAUAACGACAUUUCAGCAUCAAUAGACUUCACACCAUCCGCGAAUUUCACACUUCCUGAUCAUCAUUUCCUACAACAACAUGAAGAGCAAUUCGACGUAAAUUGCUCUGUUAUUCCCCUGUCUCAUCAGUAUCAUCAUCAUCAUCCUCCAUUAGGACAUAUAUACAAAGAUGAAUCGUUGUCUUCUCUCCCUCCUUACAUGCGAGGGCUCGCGAGUACAUCUUCUUGUGCAUUUCUUGAUCCUAAUAUGAUGAAUUAUCUUCAAGGAAAUAUCAACAAUACAAUGAAUUCAGAAACUUCAGCAAUAUUUGCUGCAGCUGCUAAUAGUCAUGCCUUGUUCUUUGGAUCUCAAUUGCCAAAUCAAGAACUGGAUUUUCAAGGAGAAAAUGGUAGAAUUUUUUGCCCUGAUUCCUUGUCAAGAAUCUAUAACAAUGAGAUUCAGGCAUUGAGCAAUGAGAGUCAACAUUUGGUUAGUGGUGGUGGUUGUUCUAACACUUUGGCCACAGAAAUCACAAGUUUUGAAGAUCCUACCUUUAAAUCUGGUAGGUGUUCAGUUGAAGAAAGGAGGAAGAAGAUUCAUAGAUACAUGAAGAAAAGAAAUGAGAGGAAUUUCAGCAAAAAAAUCAAGUAUGCAUGCAGAAAAACACUAGCAGAUAGUAGGCCAAGAGUGAGGGGAAGAUUUGCAAGAAAUGAUGAAUUUGGUGAGGCAAGUAAAGCAAAUUCUUGUGGUACUAUUGAAGAGGAUACAAUUAGUCAUGAAGAUGUUAGACUCAAUAAUAUUAUGUAUCAUCCAAAUAUGGUUACAUCUUCAACUCAUCUUGACAACAAUGCCACAAUUUUCACCACCAAUUGUCAUGUACCAACUACUAAUGGUCCCUAUGAUAUGUGCACACCUCUCUAUUGUACAGAUGGUCAAAUGCACUAAGUUGAAGUGUUUCUAUAAAGCUCUACAAUGUGCUCCUAUAAGUUCUUCCUCUGCAUAUAACAAGUAUUAGGUGGUGAAAGAAGAAGAAGUGGAAUUCAUUAUAUAUAUUUCCACAUAUUAUUGGUGUGAUGUGAAUCAAAUAUUGCAUCAAGUAAUCUUGGAUUUGAUCAGCUGUCAACUUUAUUUUGGAUACAAUUUUGCAGAAUUUUGUUUCCAAUAGGAUGUAUUAAUUAGUCAUAAACUAAUUAAUUAGAGAAAACAAAGAAUAACUUGUAAUAACUUAAAUCAAUGUCCUUUAGUUAGGGCAUGUAAAUUUUGUAAAUGUUAUGCUAUUGUAAGUUACACUUUUGUGUU